CGUUUCACCCAACGGCUUAUUGCAGCUGUCAUGCGACUGAGACUUUGAAAAGCGUUCUUUAAACAAUGUACAUUUGUUGAUUGCUAGACAAACAAGAUGUUUUCUUGGUACAUUUGAAACGAGGUCGAGUUGUGGCCGCAACAGGACGACUCUUGGCAGAAUGCAUUGCUUGACUGCCUUGAUGAUAAUCACAAUAUCGUUCGUGAACUGCAGCACCCCAAACGAUUCGUUCUUAAAUUGGAGUUUGAUGAGCAGAGUAUGUUUUGGUUCUACAUCAUAACAAAUUAAUUGCAUUCAUUAUUGCACUAUGAGUCAAUUAUCAGUUCUAAACACGUAUUUUCAUUGUCUAUGCUGUCUGCUGUGUGAUAGACAGUUGAUCGGUGCGUGUAUUAACCCUGCUAGAAUUCAUUGAGGCCAGCAGGUCAAAUAAACGACUAAAAUGAACGAGUCACUCGGGAAAUAGAAUGAUGACUCAAGUCAGUAAAAAGAGUCGUUCAAAAAAGAACGAAUCGUUCGCGAGCUGCACAUCACCACACAGUAGCCUAGCUACCUGUCAGUAACACAUAGCACAUCAGAACAGCAGCAGGCACUCGCAUCACAACAACACGGUCGUUGGCAGAGGAAUGGGGGGGGGAAGCUAGGUAGUUAGAUUUCCGAGAAUAAGGAAAAGCUCACUACAAUCAAGAUGGUGUCGUGGAUUAUCUCCAGGAUGGUAGUCCUGGCCUUCGGGACCCUCUACCCGGCCUACUCCUCAUACAAGGCCGUCAAGACAAAGAAUGUGAAGGAAUAUGUGAAAUGGAUGAUGUACUGGAUAGUGUUUGCAUUAUUCACGACGGUGGAGACCCUCACAGACUUGUUCAUGUCCUGGUUUCCUUUCUACUUUGAGCUGAAGAUAGCCUUUGUGAUCUGGCUCCUGUCUCCGUACACUAAGGGCUCCAGUGUGCUCUACCGCAAGUUUGUCCACCCCACCCUGUCCAAUAAGGAGAAGGAGAUCGAUCAGUACAUCACCCAGGCUAAAGACCGUAGUUAUGAGACUAUGAUGAGGUUUGGAAAGAGAGGUCUGAACUUGGCUGCUACUGCUGCCGUCACCGCAGCUAGCAAGGGCCAGGGUGUGCUGUCGGACAAGCUGCGUAGUUUCAGCAUGCAGGACCUGACUCUGAUCAACGAUGGGGAGGAGAUGGGCCUGCACUCCUCUGACCCCCGCAUGAGGAGAGAUGCCUUGGAUGACAUGGCUACUGGAGCCAACACGCUGCCCCGCGCCAAGACCACACGCCAGACUCGUUCCUCAUCUGCGGCUCCUCAUCUCGAUGAAUCAUCGCAGCACAGCUCGGACCAAUCAGACACCAGGAGCAUCACCACAGAGCAUUCUGAUGAGGACAUUGUGGAGAAGGUCCCUGUGAAACGCACGGCCAGCGUCAAGGCAAACAAGAAACCCUCCACCGCCAAGACCGAGACUACGACUAAGACGGUGAAAAAGACACCAAAGAAGAAGACAACCACCACAGCUACAGCCAGCAACAACGCUGAGUCACCAUGAUAUCUGUAUCUACUGACCCCAUCUCCACCCUACUGCACACCACUACAGCCAUGUAACAGGCCCUCUCUGUCUCCAGUCCACACACACACACACACACACACACACACACACACACACACACACACACACACACACACACACACACACACACACACACACACACACACACACACACACAAACACACACAAACACACACACACACACACACACACAGACCUCUGGAGUGUCACCCUCGCUGGUUAAGCGCAACUCGCAGGUUUAGUUCUCCUGUAGAUGGCCAGCAGCUUUAGUUCUCCUGUAGAUGGCCAGCAGGUUUAGUUCUCCUGUAGAUGGCCAGCAGGUUUAGUUCUCCUGUAGAUGGCCAGCAGGUUUAGUUUACUGUAGAUGGCCAGCAGGUUUAGUUCUACUGUAGAUGUCCAGCUUCAUGUCAAAUCACAGGUUUUGUUCUACUGUAGAUGGCCAGUGGGUUUAGUUCUACUGUAGAUGGCCAGUGGGUUUAGUUCUACUGUAGAUGGCCAGCAGGUUUAGUUCUACUGUAGAUGGCCAGCAGGUUUAGUUCUACUGUAGAUGGCCAGCAGGUUUAGUUCUACUGUAGAUGGCCAACAGGUUUAGUUCUACUGUAGAUGGCCAACAGGUUUAGUUCUACUGUAGAUGGCCAGCUUCAUUUCAACAACACUUGUUUUAUUUAGCCUGCUGCUUACAUUCUAGAUUUUAUAGUCAUUAACCUCAGUGUGUGUGUGUGUUUCAGUGAUGGCCUGUUAUCUGGACUGAAAAAUAGUUGCUUCCUUCCUCCUGUACAGUUAAUAACCCUCUGUGUUGGGGCCCUUCCAGGCCAUCCAAGGCCCCACACUGGAUUGACUUGACAUAAUCCUCUUGGCCCCCUUGGGAGCAUAGGGCAUCUACCAUGGCUCUCCACCUCCCUCACUAUGCUAGAGCAUCUACCAUGGCUCUCCAUCUCCCUCACUAUGCUAGAGCAUCCAUCACGGCUCUCCACCUCCCUCACUAUGCUAGAGCAUCCAUCACGGCUCUCCACCUCCCUCACUAUGCUAGAGCAUCCAUCACGGCUCUCCACCUCCCUCACUAUGCUAGAGCAUCCAUCACGGCUCUCCACCUCCCUCACUAUGCUAGAGCAUCCAUCACGGCUCUCCACCUCCCUCACUAUGCUAGAGCAUCCAUCACGGCUCUCCACCUCCCUCACUAUGCUAGGGCUUUGCUGCUUAGCAGGAGAUCCCCACUAGUUUAUUGGAGAUGCAUUCUCUAUGAACUUCCAUUCCAGUCAGAGUAUGGUAACUCUAUUGGAGGGUAGCUGGGGGCUGCCAUGAAUGGAAAGGUAGACUAGUGGACUAGGCAUGUGUUAAGGAGCGAUAAGGGAGAGUAGAGAGGGAUGGGCGCCAAAGGAUCAGUGUUGUUGUCCCGGCCUAACUGGCCUCUACUCAACAUGUCCCCAUUACAGAGACUACAGUCUCACCAUUGGUUGUAGCAGUAGUCCACAGAGCAGGUCUCUGUCUGACUACAUAGACGGGGUCAUGUGAUCUCUGGAAGGAAGAGGACAUUCUGGGAGCACUUGUCUCUAACAGUGUUAAGCCGAUGCCAUGGUUACCCAUAUCAUUCACUCUACUGUAAUGGAGCAGUAGACUGAUGACCACUUGGUCAAGCGCCCACAGAGAGAUGAAGAGAUCUGUUUGUUCUUUCUCUCCUCCCUCUGUUCUCUCUCUUUCUCUCCUCUCCCUCUGGACAGCUCUACCCUCUCACUCCGUUCAGCUCAGAACGGUCCGAGGGAAAGACACACAGCUUCAGGCAUCAUUACCUUUUCUGUCUGACUGUGUGUGUGUACGAUGUGCAUGUGUGUGGUUUUGGAACAUGACCAAGCUUCUGUUUUUCCCCUCUCUGUUUUCCCAACUGCAUAGAGACACAAUGACAGACUUCUCUGACCACUUAUAACAUAACCAUCCACAAGGUCUUGCAGUGCAGCUCAUAGCAUAGCUAAACAGUACAGACAACCAACAGUUCAUUUCACUUUGUUAGACUUGUGCGUAGGGUUAAUUUUGUUUACUCUAAAUUGACUAGUUUAUAGGAUGUAAGAGUGGCUUCGUGGUCACCAAGCUAAUGUUAAUGCUCUGUUGAUACCAGGCUUACAUUAUGGAUCACCACUAUGGAUCCCUGUCUUGUUUCAAUGUGUUUAUAUUAUCAGAGCUGGCUGUGUCAGGGUGGUAUAGUGGUCUGAAAGGCCAAACUGAUCUGAGAUCAGCCCUAGACUCUGAGACACUCUAUGUAUACAUGCCCAGAUCUGUGUUGUUCUAGGGUCUGAAUCAUAUCAUUGUUUCUCUGAACCAUAAGGAGAGCAGCUCUGCUAGCAUAUCCUCUUAAUGUGUCAUCUCUGACUGUAGCCUCCUCAAACAUGGUGAAAACUGUCUAACCCUAUUAGAUAGGAUGCUGUGGACCAGUUAUUACAUCUUAGUUGGAUAAGUAAUGCUGUCUCCCAAUAGGGCCCAAAACUGUUAAAGUGAUGUGCUCUGCUAGUGUUUUACUUCAGAAAGACAGACAUUCAUCCAUCCAUAGCGUACUGGUUGGGCAGGCAGGGUACUUAGACUCUGUCAAGGCACCUAAUCAUUUCCCCUUAGAAACUAUUGCCUUGUCUGAAAUCUACCUUCAGACACUUCUUGUCAAUCUCCCUAGAUACUGCUGGUACUCCGGUAGGUUGCAAAGGAUUGCAUGGAUUUAGCUAAAAACGUUGUGAUAAGAACUCCAUCUAGCCUCCUUGUAGGGUACAUUGAGUUUCCACCAUGUGCUUCUCUCAAAUCUAGUGUGUGUCUUGGGUUGGAACCUAAGGGGUUGAUUGUGGAUUGGGUGUGUGCUAAGGGGUUGAUUGUGGAUUGGGUGUGUGCUAAGGGGUUGAUUGUGGAUUGGGUGUGUGCUAAGGGGUUGAUUGUGGAUUGGGUGUGUGCUAAGGGGUUGAUUGUGGAUUGGGUGUGUGCUAAGAGGUUGAUUGUGGAUUGGGUGUGUGCUAAGGGGUUGAUUGUGGAUUGGGUGUGUGCUAAGGGGUUGAUUGUGGAUUGGGUGUGUGCUAAGGGGUUGAUUGUGGAUUGGGUGUGUGCUAAGGGGUUGAUUGUGGAUUGGGUGUGUGCUAAGGGGUUGAUUGUGGAUUGGGUGUGUGCUAAGGGGUUGAUUGUGGAUUGGGUGUGUGCUAAGGGGUUGAUUGUGGAUUGGGUGUGUGCUAAGGGGUUGUUUUUGUAUGUGACAUGCCCUUGCUUUGUGCAGGGUUUAUUUGGAGUGCUCUGUAAUUGAAUGCAUGAGACUACUGCAUUUGUGUGUUGCUGUUGUCUGAAUUGUGACACUGAUUUGAACCAGUAGGGGGGGACAUAACCCACACAACAGUUUUAAAACUACUGAAGUGACUGCAAGGGGUACUUCCAUGUACACACUGUAUGUACAUAGUCAUUCUCUGGCUGUAUGAGUUUGCUUGCCUUAUCACUCUGUUCUAGAAUACAGGUUGUUUUUUCCCGCUUUUUAAAACUAGAUGUAUUUUUUUCUUUCUUUGUAAUUUAAUCUGAAAUCUUAUUAGACAUCAUAUUGCAUUUCCUUAAGAGGCACCUCAGCCCCUCUGUAAGGCCUUAUGCUGUGAAGAGUGCUACAUGUGAUUUUUAUCUCUUCUGAAUUUCUCUCUUCUAUCUCAACGAGAGGCAUUUUAAUUGGUCAGUGAUAGCCAAAUAACAAUAACACUUCCUUGUCCCAGUCCUGUAGGACAUUGCUCAGUAGAGAAGGGGAAUUCCUCUGACAUUGUGUUUUGGUAAGUACCUAACUGAAGUCAUGUUGUCCCAACCGGUCUGUUCUUCCCUUACUAUCAGGCUGGUUACCUUAUCCACGGCAACAUGGCAAUUCCCUUUUUCUUUUCUGUUUUGCUACAGUUUGCACCGAAGAAAAGAUGGCACACACUGUAACCACAUUCUUGCUGUCAUGGCAACACUACUUGACAUUAUUUUAACCAGUGUUCAUAUUAUUUUGUAAUAUUUGUUUAUUUAUUAUUGUGUGUUUGGUAUCAGUGUUAUUGUGUACAGGAACUCUCAUUGUGAGAGAAUAUUCUACAUUAAUAUAUUUUGUGCCAAUUAUCAAUACUCCACUGUUAUAAAGGACAUGAUGUUUCUGUGCUGAGAUAAUGGUAUUUAACAUGGUCUGAAUGACAGUCAUAUACCAAUAACAACACUACUAAUAAAGAAAAUACAUCUUUUA